AUGAGUGAGCUUCUCUACUCUCUUCCAACUUGGGAUCUCCAUAACCUCGGAUCACUCUUCAACCAAAACUUCAAUCUAGAUGCAUGUGGGCGUUUUGAUAAUGAAUCGCCGGACGAUAUAUUCUGUUCACCGGAGGUUGAUAUGGGCGACGUUUCCACCGGCUACCUCGAAGACGCGCUCAUUGAAUUCAGUGGGAGAAGUAAACGGAGACGUCUCUCGUUCAACGCCGAGGACAUACCAAAUAACCACUUUGACAAUUCUCAGAACAAUUGGGGCCUGUCUGAGAAUUAUAGUUGCACGAGUAGUCAGUUUGCAGAUGAAUCUCCAAAUUCGUCCAUCAAUAUUUGUUCAGACGCUUCAAAUCAUUCGAAAAGCUCUUUCGUAACAUCCUCGUCCGCUUCAAAGAAGAAUGAAAAUGAAAAGAAAAAGAGAGUGGUGUAUCCAUUUGGAGUGGUGAAACCUGGUGGUAGAGAAGAAGAUGUAACCCUAAAUGACAUCAAUAAGAGGAUUCUCAUGCCAUCGGCUCGGCCGGUUCGGCAUCCGGUUGGAGCCUUUGCCUGCCGUCCGUGUCUCACUGCACAUGGUCCGGGUCUAUCAGGCAAAGCCGUGGUUGCUUUCACGAAGAUACAAACAUUAGGGAAGGGUACAAUUACUAUAAUAAGAACUAAGGGUUAA